AUACAAUUCUGCUCAUUCUUCUCAACAUCCGAUCGCCUUCGAUUCCGACUGAUGAGCAGCAUUGAGAACACAAGAAUAUAAUGAAUUAAUUCUGUUUGUGGAUUGUGCGAAUGAUUUGAACUUCGCGCCAUCGCCGUUUCUGGAUAGUGUGCGAGAUUUUUCUCUGAGAAUUUCAAGUUCAAGCUCCGAUUAUGGAUUCUGAAAUGGUUGCUGCGCUGAAAAACAGCCAUGAGAAUCACUUCUCCCCCGGAUCAGAUGGCAGCUCUGAGCGAAAUCCUCUCAAGCUUCCGUUUAUAAUUGGUGUUGCCGGUGGGACUGCAUCAGGCAAAACCACCGUUUGCAAUAUGAUUAUCGCGCAGCUCCAUGAUCAACGGGUUGUUCUCGUCAAUCAAGAUGCAUUUUAUCGCUCCCUGAAUGAUGAACAGUUACAAAAAGUGAGCGAGUACAACUUUGACCAUCCAGAAGCCUUUGAUACAGAGCUUCUGCUUUCAUGCAUGGCGAAAUUACGACAUGGGAAAGCUGUUAGCAUUCCAAAUUAUGAUUUCAAGACCCACAAAAGCAUUGAACCUGCACGCAUGGUGAACCCGUCGGAUGUCAUAAUUUUGGAAGGGAUCCUUGUUCUUCAUGAUUCUCGUGUACGUGACCUAAUGAACAUGAAGAUCUUUGUUGAUACAGACUCUGAUGUGCGUCUUGCUAGGAGGAUACAGCGUGAUACUGUUGAGAGGGGCAGAAAUGUGGAGAAUGUCCUUGAUCAAUAUGCUAAGUUUGUAAAGCCAAGUUUCGAGGAAUUUAUACUUCCAACAAAGAAAUAUGCUGAUAUUAUAAUUCCUCGAGGAGCAGAUAAUGACGUCGCAAUUGACUUGAUAGUACAGCAUAUUCGUACAAAGCUUGGUCAACAUGAUCUCUGCAAGAUAUAUCCUAAUAUUUUCGUUAUACAAUCGACAUUCCAGAUACGAGGGAUGCACACACUUGUAAGGGAUGCAAAAACAACUAAGCAUGAUUUUGUUUUCUAUGCAGAUCGGCUUAUUCGCUUGGUGGUGGAACAUGGUCUUGGCCACCUUCCAUUUACUGAGAAACAGAUCACUACUCCAACAGGAUCCAUAUACUGCGGAGUCGUUUUCUGCAAAAGAUUGUGUGGCGUCUCAGUCAUUAGAAGUGGGGAGAGUAUGGAGAAUGCGCUGAGAGCGUGUUGCAAAGGCAUCAAAAUUGGCAAAAUCCUAAUCCACGGAGAGGGUAAACAUGGUCGUCAGUUAAUCUAUGAAAAGCUACCAUCAGAUAUUGCAAGUCGCCAUGUGUUAUUGCUGGAUCCUGUUCUCGCAUCAGGAAAUUCUGCCGUCAAAGCAAUCUCUGUGCUGCUCAGCAAGGGUGUUCCAGAAUCCAACAUAAUUUUCCUCAACCUCAUUGCUUCUCCACAAGGAAUACAUGCAGUCUGUAAGAAAUUUCCAAGACUCAAGAUCGUG